UGACCUCUGAGGUAAGUUCAUACACGAGCUGCGCGACCGCGCCUGUGUUGUCAGGUGACGUGCGAGGGAAUGAAAGAGCUGCUGGAGAGCUGGAGACUCCGCUAAUGCGCGCAGCAGUGGAGCGCGCAGACACUUCAUUCUUCAAUCGAGGAUGCUAUAUCGGAGACAUACACAUACUAUUACUUACUUUCCACAGACUAUUUUCCUUGAUUUAAACAAUUUAUAUUCCUGAGCCGGAAAGCAGACUACAGCAUUUUUGCAGGUGAUUUCUGUGUAAAGAUUAAAUAACUUGCAGUUUUUUCACCAAGACGAAUGCUUUGCAAACAGGUGUCUUUCUGAAUGACAAACUACCCAUCUGUUUGGAAAUGUUUGAGGAGAGUCACACAUCGGAUUUUAGAAAUAAAUGGAUUACGAUCAUUAGUGCAAAGCUUUUAGCCUUUAAGAUUUAAAUUCAAAUACAAGGAUUUAAAGCAAGUAUUGUGAUCAUUCUCAUUUAAGGAUAUCAGGUAAGUUUUGGUUUUUUUUAUAAUUAAAAAUGCAUGUUGUUCUUACAUUACUGUACAUCCACAGACGAUGCAAGCUUUUCAUCAAUUGAAUCGCUUUAACUUUUACAUUUAUGCAUUUGUGACAUUGCCUGUGAAUGCCCAGCUAAAGUCUUUUUUGAAAUAUACUGUAAAUAAAAUCAUAAUGUAAUGCACUUUCUGUGAAAAUAUAAUAUUGAAUAAGUACAGGAAGCUCAUGUCAAAGAUUGAAAUUAAAGUAAAAUCAUUUCUUGAAAUCAAACAUUGAUGCUCCUAAACUCACAAUUAGCAUGGAUUUAACUGGCAAGAUUACAUUUGGCAGACGCUUUGAUCCAAAUUAACAUAGGCUACCUUUCGUUUAUCAGUACUCACUUGUUGGGCUGUGAUCCAUAAAUAACCUUUAACAUCUACAGAAAGUUUCUGUUGCACAGAAGGUUAUUUGCAGUGAAAACCCAUCUACAGACUGAAAGGUAUGACAGAAAUUGAUUUAAAAGGCUUUUUUUAAGAAACCAAAUAAUAGUUCUGUGGCAUUGCUGUGAAGAACGCCUUUAACGCCUUUAUUUUUAGGAGGGUGUGUGAGUUCCCUUGGAAUCAAACCAUGACCUUUUUGCUGCUAACGCAAUGCACUGUACAUAACUGUUACAUGCAUGGAUUUGUUCUACAAACAUUUGAGUCAGUACUCUAUUUAUAAAAAAAACACUAUAGCACUACUAAAUAUAAAGGGUCUUUCCAGGUACUCCUUCAUAAAUCUUCAUGAAUCAUCUGUGAAGCUCAUUGUGCAGGAGGUAGCUGAGCGAAUGAAGCAAACACACUUUCAUCAGUGAUGAAUGACAGCUCUCCAACAUCUGAAAACAACAUGUUUCAGCAGCUGACAGCAGAUGAUCUCAAUGGCACCUGCGACUCUUCUUUGCCCACAUGUAUCAAUGGCACAGGUGAGGCAGCGUUGCAGCUGCCCACUUUCUCCAUGGCAGCAAAAGUGAGGGUGAUAAUUACUUUCACACUUUGCGCGGUCUCUGCAGUGUGCAACCUCGCCGUGCUGUGGGCAGCCAGCACCAACAACAAGCGAAAAUCCCACGUGAGGAUUUUAAUUAUGAACCUUACCGUGGCCGACCUCCUCGUGACUUUCAUCGUGAUGCCGGUGGAUGCGGCAUGGAACAUCACGGUUCAGUGGCUGGCAGGAGAUCUGGCUUGCAGAUUGUUAAUGUUUCUUAAGCUUGUGGCUAUGUACUCUUGCGCUUUUGUGACUGUGGUCAUAAGCUUGGACAGGCAGUCGGCCAUUCUCAACCCUUUGGCCAUCAAUAAGGCUAAGACGAAGAAUAAACUCAUGCUGAGCGUGGCAUGGGUGAUGAGUGUUGUCCUCUCUGUCCCCCAGAUGUUCCUGUUUCACAAUGUGACCAUUACAGUGCCUGCCAACUUCACCCAGUGCACCACUCGUGGUAGUUUCGUCAAGCACUGGCAGGAGACCCUCUACAACAUGUUUACCUUUAUUUGCCUUUUCCUCAUUCCAUUGGCCAUCAUGAUCUUCUGCUACACAAGGAUCUUGGUGGAGAUAUCUAGAAGAAUGACCAAAAAGAACAUAUCUUCAAAGGAAGUCCACCUACGGCGUUCAAACAGCAACAUCCCAAAGGCACGUAUGAGGACUUUGAAGAUGAGCAUAGUCAUUGUGACAUCUUUUAUUGUUUGUUGGACCCCCUACUACCUGCUGGGUCUCUGGUACUGGUUUCUUCCUGACGAUUUAGAGGAAACCGUUUCUCACUCUUUGACUCAUAUCCUGUUUAUUUUUGGCCUCUUGAAUGCCAUUCUGGAUCCUAUCACUUACGGCCUGUAUACCAUCCAUUUCCGCAAAGGAUUGAAACACUACUGCCGUAACGCCAUCGUGCUAACAGAGUCAGAGAAUAACUCCAUCAUGACCGGCUCAUUGAAAUUCUCCCCGUCCCCAUUUCGCAUGAAGAGAGUGACCCAGACGGGUCCAGGAACUUACCCGGAGGAGAAUUUGGUAGGUGGAGGAGAUAAAAAGCCACAAGACAGUGAAAAGAAGGAAUGUACGCCAUGAAUGUACGAUUUGAUUAUUGAGAUACGGAUGUGACACGGCAGGCCAUGUACAGGCUGUCUAGGUGCUCGCAAGAAUAAUGAGACGACAACCAUACCUGCCUGUUCUUCUCAACAGCAUGUGACAGAUUCAAAUUGAACUCAACCAAGUGCAUCACGUUUCUUUGUUCAUUAACUGAUGAGCUGCUUCAAUUACUCGCGGCUAUAUUUAAUACCUAUCAAUUUUCAUGAUACAGGUGAUUAAUUUUGCCAAUCAUUUGCUCUUUAUUUCAAUCACAUGUUUAAUUCCGCAGAUUAAUUAGACCGUCGCUACUUCUAGCUUUUGUUGAAAAUGUCAUUUACAUCAAGGGAUGUUUUCAUCUAAUACAAAUCCAAACAGCUCAGCUUCUCCGACUGCUUUUCCAAAGGGCAUAGCUCUCAAAUUGAUUGUCUGUAAGAAAUAAGUUGUGUGGAUUUAGCUUUUGAGCUAUUACCAAUGCAAAUGAAUGUACAUUUGUUCUUGGAUAAUUUUCAGGUGUUAAGUGAUACCUUACCAGGCAUCUUCAUCCAGCCUCUUGAGAAAGCAUUGUAUGAUGUAUAGAGUUACUAUUUGAUGAAUUCUAAAAUACUUACAAGCCUCGAGAGAUCUUGGCGAGAGAUCCUGAGCUGCUAUUACUCUGGGGCCAAGUAAUAUGCACUUACAAUGAUGUCCGUUCAGUUUCAAUUCAGGCUUAUCAAACACAAUGAGGACUAUUUAUCUAAGUUGGCUGUUUAGCUUUAAAAAUAUAAUUAGUUGAUGCAUUAGAUGAUAAGUAAUGAGUGUUAUAUACAGUACAGUACAUCAUAUUUCUCAGGGACGGUGCUUCUUUUGUCACAGGGUAUUGAAGUCCAACUGGAGACUGACAAACUGUAAAGCUUCCUUUUAUUUCAAUGCCAGGUAAAUACUGUGUCAUGUCUUCUUGUGAAGUUUGAUGUGUGCUGACACUGGUUGAACGUGCUUAUAAUCAGAACCAUUAUUAUCAUUGUAUGUUUGGGAGAAUAUUUGUGAGACAGCCAUGUGACAUCUAGUGGUGCUUUUUGUGUUUGUCAUGUUUAAAAAUGCAAGAAAAUGCAAAGUGGUGUGUCUCAUUCUGUCAAAGUUAAUGAAGGAACAUAUAUGUAUGUGUUUACAUCCGUCCAUACAUACAUACAUACAUAUAUGGUGAAUGCUAAGUGAACCACACAUGCAAUUUAAUUUUCUAAGAUGGAUUCAAAUGGAAAUAUUUCAUGUAGGACUUAUGCUGCCUGAGACAUUGAGGCAGAACUGCCUGAUGUUUCGGCAGGGGAUUUAAAAUGUAUUGUUUCAAAAAUAAAUAUAUUUAAAAGAAGGAAUAAGGGAUUAAAUACAUUAUUGCAUUAUGAUGUGAAUAUUUGUUUAAGUAUUUAUAUGAACUGUUAAAUGUAAAGAACUUAUGUUAAGCUUUUAUUUAAAUGCAUGAAACUAACAAUGUGAUUAUGAGAAAAGAAAGAAAGAACAAGAUGUUAUGGUCUCCUGUUUUGCAUGAUUUUUUUGUGAUAUUUUCAUAUCUGGUGUUUACAUUGUUGUGUAUGUUUUGGGAAAUGUGUUGCA